UCAAUAGCCUGAGUUGCGUUUUUCACCGAACCACCGUCUGCAGCUAACGGACAGCAGAAGCCGUACGAGCGGAGUCAACAAGGAGCUGGUCUCAAACACCCUGUGUUUGUACGAUUUGUGGAGAAUUCAGCGACACUUUAAACGUUCGAUAAUAAGUCGCCACUUCUAUGUGACCUUACCCCAUUUUACCUUUGCAUUAGUUAGGGUUUAGAUAUUGCCGGGGCGCAUGGAGUUCGCUUUGAAAAGGUCGGUGAGGUGUUUUGCGGACAAGAGAUCAUCCGGCUAAUGUUAGCUAGCCGCAGCCAGCCACUGAUCGUACGGUGUGGACUUGAGAGUGGAGAGGCUCGGUGCUGCUGCCCACUCUGCUAACGGACGGACGGACGGACGGACGGACGGACUGACACAUACUGGUGCUAACCUAAACAAUGGGCCUCAUAUUCGCUAAACUGUGGAGCUUCUUCUGUAACCAAGAGCACAAGGUGAUAAUUGUUGGACUAGACAAUGCAGGGAAAACCACUAUACUCUACCAAUUUCUGAUGAACGAGGUGGUCCAUACGUCUCCCACCAUCGGAAGCAAUGUGGAAGAAAUAGUGGUGAAGAACACACACUUCCUGAUGUGGGAUAUAGGAGGGCAGGAGUCGCUCAGGUCUUCCUGGAACACCUACUACUCCAAUACAGAGAGCACAGACGGCAGCAGGGGCCGCCCAAGUCAGAGGUCACCCUUUCACAAAGGGGCCUGUCUGAAAAGCAAAGCUGAGGUCAGCCUCCGCAGUGCUUUGGAGAAAGGAGCGGGAGAGGAAGAACGAGAGUCAUGGCGGAGGCAGAUGUGUGGGACAUCUUAAAGAAAGCUCUCUACAGAACCAUUUGAAUUUAACUUUCCUGAUGCAACAUCUGCCAGACACAUUCUUUACUCCAGUUUCACAGGCAAAUGAUUCUACUCAUUCGUACCUGUUUCAUACACAAACCCUGUACAUGACAUGGGAUCUUCAGCAAGGGUUUAAACUAUAUUUGACCAUUCAUACCACACAACAUGUCACAUGUCAGUAUGGCCACAUCCAUUCACACAAGACUCUGCCAAAGAGCACCAUUAUGUUUCAACAAGAGGUGAAAGGAUUAAUAAA